UAGAUAAGAUGCACGUAUACUAAGUUCAGGACAUUGUUCCGGGGAACAGUAAAGAAGAUGGAGACGGCGCUUUGCAUUUUUAUGCUUUUUUUGGCGGGGGUGUCGGCAAACAUCACCGGGCAACACGUGACCACCGGGGAGUGUGUAUGUGUGACGGGAACCAACGUGAACGCCCGCACGUCAGCCAGCCUGUCUGCGUCAGUUGGGGCCGUUCUGAAUACGGGGGACUGCUUCAAGAUCCACGGCGGUAUCCUUACCCAUGACGGAUAUACCUGGUACCAACUCAGCCACGUGUCUGGGACACAGAACCUGUGGGUAGCAGGAACACUUUUGAACAAAGCGGCGGCCUCCUCCUGCUCGGGUGGGUCAUCGGGGUCAUGUACAGCCACCGCCAAGAGCCUCGCCUGUCAACUCUUGCAGAUGCACAACUCUGGGAAAGUUCAUCUCUGGGACCGCCAUCCUUCCGGCGUCCAUGACAACGCCUACGCUCUGAACAACAUCAGGGACACUUGUAAUGGCCACCAAGCUUCACGAUCACAUUACACUUGUUCUGAGUGCCGCAGCCCUGGUGCCCCCGGUGGUCACGUGUGCCUGAGUGAGACUCUGCUCCGUUAUCUGGUGGACCUUGGUACACACGGAUACAUCCAUAUAAAUGAGAUCGCGGGGGCGUGUCAUUCCUGCCACUCCUACCACUACAGGGGCACUGCCGUGGACAUCGACCCAGGCUCGAGGAAACACGAACUCAUCAGCAAGUGUAGCUCCAUGGGCGGCUGGCCCAACGACGAGAUCAACCACAUUCACUGUCAAUUCAACCAUUAAAUAAACUUUCAAUUUAUUAAUUCAAUAAAAAUCCAAUAUGAAUCUAAUCAAUGUUCAAUACGUCAAUUUAACAAUAAAUCAAAAUGAUAUAAUUC